UAUGCAGUAGUUAUUGAUGCUGGAAGCUCGGGUUCUCGUGUCCUAAUAUAUUCAUGGAAAGAUCCAAGACUACCUUCUAAAAAAAAUAUAAUCACAAUUGAAAAGGGUUCUGAAUUAGGUCCACUUCCACAGCUAAAAACAUCACCUGGAAUAUCGUCAUUUGCAAAACAUCCCCAAAAAGUAGCCAAUCAUAUUCGCUCUUUACUCGAUUUUGCAGCUAGUGUUGUACCUAUAGAUAAACACAAAAGCACACCCAUUUUUUUAUUCGCUACUGCUGGUAUGCGUCUGCUAUCAUCUCAAGAUCAGGAGCUUUUGCUAAAAAUUUCAUGCACAUAUGCACGGCUUCAUUAUAAUUUUUUGCUUCCAGAAUCGUGCAUUAGUUAUUUUCAGGUUAUAUCUGGCGAGCUUGAAGGAAUAUUUGGCUGGCUGACUGUAAACUACUUGAAAGGAACAUUCGACAGCAAGCCUGAUUUGAAUCCUGUUGCGGGACAUGACUCCAAUGCUGUAUCUAUAGCAAAACACAUCAAACCACUGUUUGGGUUUUUGGAUAUGGGUGGAGCUUCUGCCCAGAUUGCAUUUUCUCCCACGGCAUACAUGGCUAAAGAACAUAGUGAUGAUUUAAAAACUGUACAGAUACGGUUUCUCGAUGGAUUGGAGACCACAUAUAGUUUGUUUGUUUCGACGUUUCUAGGAUUCGGCGUCAAUGAGGCACGUAAGCGGUACGAAGAAAACAUGUUAAACAAGAGGGAUGAACUAGUUUUUGAUGACCCUUGCCUUCCUCUUGGUCUAAAGGUCAGCUCAUCUCAUUCUACCGACUUGUCUACUAUAUUUAAUGGCAGUGGCUCGUAUGAUGACUGCAUGGCUCGAAUUCAUCCUUUAUUGAACAAGGAUAUUCAAUGCGCAGAACUUCCGUGUCUGUUUAAUGGUGUUCAUGCGCCUAUCGCUGAUUUUAGAAAUCAUCAUUUUAUUGGAGUAUCAGAGUUUUGGUAUACUUUAUUUGAUGUAUACGAGUUGGGUGGCGAAUAUGAUUAUCAGCGACUACUAGAUGCCUCUCGUUCUUACUGCUCUACUUCAUGGAAAACUAUUCUUGCCAAGCACGAACAAACUCCCUAUCCAAAUGUGGAGGAUAUGGAUCGUCUACAAUUUCAAUGCUUCAAGAGCGCAUGGAUCAUGAGUGUAUUACACGAUGGGCUUGGUCUGCCAAAGAUCAUUCCCGGCAAUACAGACACAACUGGAGAAUCAGAUCAAGCAAACCACUUUCCAGUAUUUCAGUCAAUCAACGAAAUUGAUGAUUUUCCAAUCUCAUGGACUCUUGGGGCGGUUUUACUCUAUGCAUCAUCUACCAUUCAGCCCAACACU